AUGACCGGUCAUUUGCAGGAUGCGCACAGGCUGUCUGUGAAAACAUGGACAGAGGAGGAGAGUGACCGAGCUGACAGCACACUUAGCAGAGGACAGUCAAUGUGUGAUGACACUUCUUCAGAGCUACAGAGAAUGGCUGCCAUUGACAGAAGGGAUAUUAACUCCCAGAAUUCCUUACGUGGGCGAGGUGCCCUGUCCAGGAUUGUUAGCAUGGUGAUGACUCUGAGAGAAUGGGCUCAGAAGAGUUUGGCUGAAGAGACGGAGCGGCCCGAUUCCUUUUUGGAACGAUUCAGAGGCCCAGCCCAAAUGGACAUACAGGCCCCACCAAGCAGGUUUAGCCACAGCCACACUGGCUCUGAAACAGAUAAUGAAGUCAGACGCACUAGACGCACGAGGAGGAAGUGUAAUAUCCUUGUGUUAUCACCAUCUGAUGAUGCGUACUACCACUGGCUGAUGGUGAUUGGUCCCGCAGUUUUUUAUAACUGGACAAUGUUGGUCGUCAGGGCCUGUUUUGAUGAGCUCCAGAUGAAGAGCAUGUUGGUGUGGCUGGUGCUGGACUAUGUCUGUGAUGGAGUCUACAUCCUGGAUAUAGCUGUUCGCCUCCACACAGGUUUCUUGGACCAGGGCUUGAUGGUGAAAGAUGUGCAGCGUCUGAGAGAAACCUACGUCCGAACCCGACAGUGUAAACUUGACAUCUGCUCCAUCCUUCCAACUGAUCUGCUGUAUCUGACUGUUGGAACCAGCUACACUCCUCUUCUUCGAUUCAACCGACUGCUACGCCUGCCACGUCUGUUUGAGUUCUUUGAACGUACCGAAACACGAACGGGCUACCCCAAUGCUUUCCGCAUCUGUAAACUGGUACUGUACAUCCUGGUGAUCAUCCACUGGAAUGCCUGUGGGUACUAUAGCUUCUCUAAGGUCUUGGGACUGGGCUCGGAUUCUUGGGUUUAUCCAAAUGCUUCAGACCCAGAGUUCGGCUCCCUGACCAGAAGUUACAUAUACUGCCUGUACUGGUCCACCCUGACACUGACUACCAUUGGAGAGACACCACCUCCUGUUAGAGAUGAAGAGUAUCUGUUCCUGAUAUUUGACUUUCUGGUUGGAGUUCUGAUUUUUGCCUCCAUUGUGGGCAAUGUUGGGGCCAUGAUUUCCAAUAUGAAUGCCACAAGAGCCACCUUUCAGACCCGUGUAGAUUCACUGAAACACUACAUGCACUUCAGACAUGUGAGCAAAGUGCUUGAGCAGCGCGUCAUUCGCUGGUUUGACUAUCUUUGGACCAAUCAGAAGACAAUAGAUGAACAGGAAGUGCUAAGGAGCCUGCCCAAUAAACUGAGAGCAGAGAUUGCUAUUAAUGUUCACCUGGACACACUGAAGAAGGUUCGUAUUUUCCAGGACUGUGAGGCAGGCCUCCUGGUAGAGUUGGUGCUAAAACUUCGACCACAGGUCUUCAGUCCUGGAGACUACAUCUGUAGAAAGGGAGAUGUGGGUAAGGAGAUGUAUAUAAUUAAAGAUGGCCGUCUGGCAGUGGUCGGGGAGGACGGAGUCACCCAGUUAGCUGUUCUGACAGGAGGAAGCUGCUUUGGAGAAAUCAGCAUCCUAAACAUUAGCGGCAGCAAGAUGGGGAACCGGCGCACAGCUAAUAUCCGUAGUCUGGGAUACUCAGAUCUCUUCUGCCUCUCCAAACAAGACCUGAUGGAGGCACUUCAAGAGUUUCCCCAUGCCAGGGCCCAGCUGGAGCAGAGGGGGCGAGACAUCCUGCAGAAAGAGGGGCUUCUAGAGGAAGUCAAUGUGUCUGCAGGAGAGGAGCUUGAGGAGAAGGUGGAAAGGUUGGAAACCAGUCUGGAUCGACUGCAGACUUGUUUGGCCCGUCUCCAAAGUGAGUUCAACUCUUCCCAGCAACGACUGAAACAGCGAAUCACAGCCCUCGAACACAACAUCACCACAGUGGUCACAGGCAGUGGUUUUCUCUCAGACGCUGACGGCAAUGAGAGUGUCUCUGGUGGUGAUGGCGUGCGCAGUGAAAUCAAUAUCCGGCUCUGA